AACCCCUUCCAUACCCCCGAAAACCCAACCAACACAAUGCCGCCCCCCUCCAAAAAGCGCAAACCCAACCCCUCCGCCCCCGAACAAAUAGCCUUCGACCCCACCGCGCGCGAAGAAUACCUCACCGGCUUCCACAAGCGCAAGCUCGCGCGCAUAAAACACGCGCAGGAAGAAGCCGCGAAGAAGGAAAAAGAAGAACGCCUGCGUUUCCGUCGCGAGCUCCGGCAAAAGCGCAAAGAAGACCUCGAGCACCACGUGUCGGAGGUAAAUCGGCUCGUCAAGCAAGCAAACGGCGACAUCAGCAACGCGGGCGAGACGACUACGGAUGCGGCCGAGGACGACGAGGAAGAGCAGGAAUGGAACGGCAUUGAGGAGCCGCCGCCCGAGCCGGAAGAAAUAGACCAGGAGGACGAGUACAUCGACGAGGAUAAAUAUACCACCGUGACGAUUGAAACGGUAGGGAUAUCGAGACAUGGGUUUGAGAAGAGAGGCGGUGGUGGGGAGGACGGCUCGGACGAAGAGGGGGAUAAGGAGAAUGGGGAAGGGCGGGAUGGAGAAGGAGAUGGGAAGAAGAAAAAAGUGUGGACGAAAGAGAAGCCCAAGUCGGAUCGGCCGAAGAAAAGAAAGAAGAAGUUCCGGUAUGAGACCAAGGCGGAGCGGAAGGUAGAGAGGGUCAAGCAAGGCCUCAAAAAGCGGAAGAUGGCGGCGGCGAGGAAGGAAAAAUAGGCGCCUAGUCCCGCUGAGAGGGGUUAUGAUAAUACUGUUGGUAUUGCAUGCAAAUUCACAAGAUACCCAGGGCGAGCCGGUCAAUAUAGAGGGCAAGUUCGAAAGCAGCCGGUC